UAAAGGAAGAAAAUAUAUGAAGCACCUAUCCGUGAUUGGAAAGUAUUGACCGGGGCCAAGGUGCCAGCGGCCACCAUUAACCGGAAAUAACCCUUCAUAUGGUCAUGCACAACUUAGAAUAGAUUCUGGCCCAUCCAAAAGGCAGACAACGCAGGGAUUUAUUCAUGCCUAGAGAUCUUCUCAAUGUCUCCUAGCACCUAUCUGCUCGAAGGCGAGAAUGUCAAUCCUACCGCGAAUGGAGAAGCAUCAACACCAACUCCGGCAAAGAAAUCAUGGAUCCCAGCAGGCUUUGGAGGCAGUGCCAAGCAUGGCGCCACCAUCGACAUCCCAUUAUAUGAUCCGAAGAAGCGGGAGAAAGAGCUCUUAUCAUGGGAGGAGGAUUUGAAGAGGAGGGAGCGGGAUAUCAUACAGAGGGAGAAUGCAAUGAACAGAGCGGGUGUCACCAUCGAAGUGAAAAAUUGGCCACCAGUUUUUCCCAUCAUACAUCAUGACAUAGCCAAUGAAAUACCAACCCAUGCUCAACAGUUGCAAUAUUCGGCAUUUGCUAGUUGGCUAGGAAUUAUUGUAUGUCUCAGUUGGAAUGUAUUUGCUGUCUUAGUUGAAUCAAUUCACGGGGAAGAUAUUGUUCUUUUUCUCCUCUCCAUCAUCUAUGCGACGUUUGGAUGUCCUCUUUCAUACAUUCUAUGGUACAGACCUCUGUACCAAGCCAUGAGAACUGAUAGCGUGGUGACAUUUGCCCAGUUUUUCGUCUUCUACCUGGUGCAUGUUGGAUUUUGUGUUAUUGCUGCAAUUGCUCCGCCGAUAAUAUUCAUGGGGAAAACCCUUACGGGAAUUCUUGUGGCUAUCGAGGUUUUAAACACGGAUAUGUUUGGCGGGGUACUUUAUCUAAUUGGAUUUGUAUUGUUCACGGCGGAAUCUCUUAUAAGCAUUUGGGUGCUUGAGAGAGUAUACAUGUAUUUCCGAGGGCACAGAUGAAGCCUAGCAAUGAGACGAAGAAAUCAUUCAAGACAACUGUCUCCUCAAUAGCAAGCAUUCUUGAUGUUUCACAAAGUUGACGGUGAAUGUUGAUGAACUGUUUCUGCCGAAUUCUUGCAUAUUCAGACAUACAAUGGAAAAUGAUUUUAUCUCAUAGUAGAAAUGUGAAUCAAGAUAACAACUAC